GUCCAUGUGCUCGACGUGACUGACCUUACUUGUCGUUCUCUAUGUCCACACAUACACACACACACUGCGAUACAUGAGUGUACGCCGCCUCGUUGGCACAUAAAUAUACAGGCCAUGCCAUGCCAUGAGCGAGUGUAUGCACGUGUGUGUACGGUACGCACUGCACUGCAUGUGUGUCCGCCCGACCGCAUCAGCACCACUAUAGCUAUACGUGUGUGUCUCGCUAAAUGCAUGGCACGCGUGGCACGGCAUGGUAUUAUGGUGUGCCACAAGCGCUAUGAUCGGCCCCCUGUAUGUCUGUACGCAUCGACUAAGUCACCCGCUCACUCGAUCAUGGCAGCAUGCACUGCGUACACAUAUGAAUUGCACACACACGCGGCGAAGGCUCGUCUACUUGAGUAUGCUUCUGCACAGCUGCAGGACCUCCUUGGCCAGCAGCACCCGGCACACGCACACGCGCUCGAACGCAUCCCCACACGGCAGAUCCUUCACCUGACCAACCACACGCACAGAGAGAGAGUACAUUCAUCCGCUUCCCAUCGGCGCUGUGGUUGCAUUUGCGGGUACCACGUGUGGUUUGUGGUCGGCCAGUUGAUUGAUGAGCCGCGACGCUGAUGCACAGAUCUUCAGCUGCAACCUGCACACACAUUCACACCCACAACACGGAAACGCAGGUGGCCAAUCUGCCUCGUCCACGGUGCCGGUGCUGCUCACACGUCCUGUCCCCUCCGGAAUCUGGCGAUAUCCGAGCCGACGGUGCACUCGCUGAUGAUGUCGGGCGACAGCUGUACAACGCUGUCAGUCGAUAUCUCGCGAUCCAAACGGAGCUUGUCAGCUGCGUGUAUCACGACACAACACAGGAAGGAAAAAAUGGAUGAAGGGGAGGGCCGCUGCAUGUCUGUGUGUGCGUCUGUGGGUACCUUGCUUCAUGAGUCGGGUGUAUUGCUCCUCCUGUAUGCGAUUCAUUUCCUCUAAGUGGUCCAGGAAGGACCUCUGCGCGCUGUUCAGAUCGAUCUUGGCCUGUACACCCACACAGGGCAUCGCACCCAUCCACUUUUGCUUUUCAGCCCUCCCCCUGGUCUGUACGCACUGACAGGCGUGUGCACUUACAACGAUCUGUGUGAGCAGGUCAUCAAACGCCUCCCGAGUGCCCUCGUCUGCAACCGUACUCAUCAUGCCGCCCUGUACACGCACCCAGCAUGGAGACCGGAUGGUUCUUCUGUGAUCGUCAAUUGGUCUCACCUCUUCGCUGGUGGGUUUUGGUACGAGGCGAGCUCGUCUGGCAGCGUGCGAUAGACUCUCCGGCAGCUCCUUGCGGAGGAUCUCCUGUACACGACGCUCAACCCAUGGACCCUGCAGACACAAGACACCCACGCCACGCAGACAGUGGGCUUGCGGGGUGAGAGUGGCCUCUUUGUUGUCAUACAUACCCAUCCGUAGUCACUAGUCUGUACAGUGAUUGUGACGUGCAGGGACGCCUCCCCGGCCGUGUGGGCCUCGUGCACGUGACUGGACCGACACAGAAGAACAACGAACGCAGCAUUGCCACAUAGACAUGAGCACGGCCACGGGCGUGUGAGUCGUGAUGUCAUUCAUCAGUGGUGUGCCUACCCCCUUGGCAGAUAGAGGAUAUCGCCGGCAUGGAGGGUGGCCUCCAUCACCGGCUCACCCAGCUCCUGACGCGACAAAGCGAGACGAUAAAACGUAUGGGCGAUGGGCGGUGCUGUGCCUUAUCUACGUGGGGAUGCAUUCCUCUCACCGCAUUGUAUUCCCUCUCUUUGCCGAUCAUCUCAUCGCUAUACGGCAGGGCGCCAGGCGGGCUGGGGGGAGCAUACACACGCCACUUCUGAACCACACACAUCCAUUCAACAACCGCAAACAAGAGUCCCACAUGCUCCCAUCCAUCCAUCCAUCCAUCCAUCCAUCCAGCCACCCAGCCCACCUUGGUGCCCCAGAUCUGCAGGAGGAACACAUCCUGGUCGUCGCUGUGCGGCCGCACGGCAUACGACCGCGGCGGCGUGAGGUACAGCACCCCGAAGCAGUGGAUGAAGUGCUGCCUGGCCAGCGCCCGGCAGAGCGCCUGCAAUGGCCGCGACAGCCGGUCGGCCUGGUUGAUGAUGAAGGACGCACCGUCCAGGUAUGCGUGGUAGAGGGGGAGGGUGUUGGUCAGCGACAGCACGCCAUUGAGGCGAAACGGCAGCCCCUCCUGACAGACAUCCAACCGACAAGAGAGAGAAAAGAGUGAGGGAAGCGGUGAGUGAGUUUCGAUGUGUGGUCGCUGACCUUGUAUAUUUUGAGUGCAUGUGGUAGCCCGAUGACUGCCAGUGCUGUUGCCGCCAAAACAUCAUCCUGCAACACACACACACAGACACACAGACACACACAGACACACACAGACACGGAAAACAACGCCAUUCACCGCGAUCUACUUUCCUCCUUGCUCCCUGCCCUUUUCUCACCACAGACAGCCACCCUGCAAAGUCGAUAAAGGUCGCGUCGUCAGGCUCAUUCAUCAGCAGCGCCUUGGCAAUGUGCAGCGGCUUCUUCUCCCAAUAAUCCGCCCAGAAGGAGGACGUCAAAACACGCUGUGAGAAGGCCUCUGCCGCCCGCUCGCCCUUGUCCUGCGCCGCUGUGUGUGAGGCAGCCGUCUUACUGGGCGUGCCUCCCGGGAUGGUGCUGCUCAUCUGCUUCAGGGAGCUCAUGAUCUACACAUGCGCCAACACGUCUGCUGAACCCUUCCGAACGGAGAGCAGCGAAGAUCUUUGCCAAAA